CUCCGACCCCCAACCCAACCAUACACCGUCGACCAUUUUCGACCAUUAGAUUUUGUCGUCCGCAAAGCCUGAAAUUUCGUGGCCAAAGAUAGGCUCGCAAAAAGACAUUUCUGUCAAAAUAAUACUUCUUUGUUGAUUUUAAAACACGUCAUCUUUUUUGGGCGAAGGCGCGUCCUCGCAAUCUUCUUUUUGUGCAACUGGUUCUAUUCAUUCAUCUAUCAGCCAUGUCUCGAGGCGGCACCACCCUCUACGUAACUGGCUUUAGCCACGGUACUCGCGCUCGCGACCUGGCCUACGAGUUCGAACGCUAUGGCCGCCUUGUUCGAUGCGACAUUCCCGCACCUCGAUCUGCGUCUAGCAGACUUUUCGCGUUUGUCGAGUAUGAAGAUCGUCGCGACGCCGAUGAGGCAUACCACGACAUGCACAACAAACGCCUCGGUCGUGACGACAUUUUGAAAAUCGAAUGGGCCCGCACCCCUCCCUCAGCGUCCUGGCGCUUUGAGUCUGGCCGUGACCGUGACCGCGGCAGUGACCGUGGCGACCGCUCUCGCCGCUCUCCUCGACGCGGUCGAUCUCCCUCGCCUCCCCGCCGCCGCGACUACUCCCCUAGGAAGGACGAUCGCCGCGACAGGGACCGUGACCGUGACCGAGACUACGACAGGGACUCUCGUCGCGACCGCGACCGCUCUCGCAGCCCUGACAACCGUGACCGUGACCGGGAGAUGAAGGAUGUGGACCGCGACGACCGUGACCGUCGCGAGAACGGCACCAAUGGCGAGGACCGCAAACCCGCCGCCGACAGCCCCCCUCCAGCUCGCGAGGAAGACCUCGACGUUGCCGAGUAAACGAAUUUUUUCACCAACCGCGUAGCACCAUGUCACAGCUUUCCGCCUCUCAUAUCAUUUUCUCCAGUUGGGGGCAAGUUAGGCUCAUUGUCUCUUGUUUCUAAUUCUCUCCGGAUUUACUCACUUGAUCGCUCCUUACUGGCGUUUCACAAAAAUCAAAUGUGUUUAGUUUCGAGCCGCCGGCCGAUCGGUUGUCGAAUAUUACUCUUUCAUAGGCAGACGAGCGAUACGUACCGGGAAAACACGCGAAUCGAACGAACGGAACGGAACGGAAUCCCCGAACGAGUGCGUCUAGUGAUACCAGCGAGCCUUUUACACCACUUGCAUCAAUUCCCCGAUCCAGUAAUUAGUCCGCUUUUUAGUUAGCAACGACUGCC